AUGUCCGACCUCCUCUCCCUCUUUGGCUGGACAUUCCUGCCCAACCUCGUCACCGGCUGGGCGCAAUCGCUCUACUACGGCAUCACCAUCCGCGCCGGCUCGCCGCGCCCGACCCCAGGCACCCCUCGAUACGCCGAACACCGCCGCCGCAUCCACAUCCUGGUCGUGACUGUCUACCUCCUCUACACAAUCUACGAAGCCCACUACGAGCUCGUCGUGCGCGGCUCCAACUUCUACGGCGACCUAGGCGUCAGCCCCGACGCGAGCGGGCGCGAGAUCAAGUCCCGCUUCCGCCGCCUAGCGGCGCUUUACCACCCCGAUAAAGUCACAGGCCAGCAACAGAGCCAAGAGGAGGUCAAUAAUUACUUUGUGCACCUGAAGACGGCAGUGGACACGCUCACGGACCCCGUGCGCCGGUUUGCGUACGAGCGGUUCGGCGUCGAUGCUGUUGCUUGGGCGGGGCCGAAUGGAAACGGCAAGGGAGGAUGUAAAACCCACCAUGACUUCGUCAUGCGCGGCGCGCAGAUGUUGUUGUCGUACUACGGCCUCGCGGCCGCGGUGCUGUACGGGCUUGGGCUCUUGGGAUAUCUGACCUGGGGAAGGUACGAGCGGUGGUUGGUGCUGGCGAGCAUGUUUGUGUGGGAGGCGCACACGGUCAUGAGCCCGGGGAGGCCGGCGGUGUUUGAGCACUUCUUGAAUCCGCUACUGCAGAGGGUGACGGGGGUGGUGGGCAGGUAUUACCUGCCGUUCCAGGCGGUGGCGCUGAUGAGGAAGGUCAGCGUUACGGUGUACAUUGCUAUUUCGCAGAUUGGGCCGUUGUUGACAGCGGAUACGUCGAAUGGGCAGCUGGUUCCGAAGAAUAAUGGCGCGGGAGGCGACCAGGAGGAGCUGCUGAAGCAAGGGCUGGAAAGGCUGGAGAUGAUGAGCAAGGGGUUGGACCUGGAUACGUCGAGGCUGGUGGAGCUGGAGAUGGCGCCGUUUGCGGGCGAUCAGGAGGCGCUGAGCAGUAUGAGGGGGAAGAUCAAGGAGUGGUUGGUGCAGAAUACGAUUAGGAACGAUCCUAUGGUUCGGGAUGCGUUGGGGAGGGGGUUGCAGAGGAGAAGGGUAGAUGCGCCCGCUGGAGCAAGGGGGACGAAGUAA